UUCAGAUACUGAACCAACUCCCCAACAGCUUUGAUCACAGAACCGACCAGAUCCUCCUCCCGUGGGCCUAUUCCCAGAACAGCUUGUUUUUCCUUAUUGAGCCAGAGAUGGGAAGGGAAGAAAAGCAGAAGACAGAAAGGGACCGGAAGGGAGCGAGGAUUAGAGCCGGGCAGUGGAGAGCACAGCUCCGGCCUCUGCUGGGGGCCUCUUCCUGUGCUCCUUCCUCUUUGGGGGGGACACUGACGGUCUUACAGACCGGAGAGGGAACCAUGACAGAAGAGAGGGAUGAAGAGAGAAUGGUGAGAGGAAGCCAGAGCCCGAGAAAGGGAGCUCAGGAGACCCGACAUUGAAGCCGGCCCUGGCAGGAAGGGCCAGGCUAGGGUGGGGGCCCCAGGAGGCCAUUGGUUGGGAUUGGGGCAAUGUGGUUUUCUUAGCUUCCUGUUCACUGGGUGCGGAAGUUCCCCUUCUUACCCGACACUGCUACUACUUGGGAAGGCAAGAAGGAGAGGCCACCAUGAGCCGGGGACCUCGGGGAUCCGGGGGGGCCCCGCAACAGCAGAACGUGCCCUCUGGCCUCCUGCAGGACCACGAGAACCAACGGCUGUUUGGCCUCCUGGGCCGAAAGUGCUGGACCCUGGCAACCUCAGUGGCCCAGCUGUACCUGGCACCCCCCAGCAUGGGCGGGCGCUGGCACAAGGAACUGAGUGGAGCCAUCUGCUUCGUGAAGGACAACCCUCGCCGGUCCUACUUCAUCCGCCUCUAUGGCCUCCAGGAAGGACGACUCCUCUGGGAGCAGGAAAUCUACACUCAGCUGGUCUACUCCGCCCCCACCCCAUUCUUCCACACCUUCCCUGGCGAUGACUGUCAGGCAGGCCUGAACUUUGCUGAUGAGACCGAGGCACAAGCCUUUCGAGCUCUGGUGGAGGAGAAAAUCCAGAAACGAAGCCAGAAGCAGAAUGCUGGAUCUCUCAGCACAGAAAGAAGAGGGGGCUCAACACCCCUUCCUUCCCAACCCAGUGGAGACCUCAGUGUCCCAGCCAGUACCCUGGGCUCCCCAUCUCUGGGCCUGGUUGCUGUGGACAUACAGAACCCGGAUAUCACAUCCUCAAGGUACCGGGGGCUCCCUGCACCGACUCCUUCUCCCCCGGACAAGAAGCGCUCAGGGAAAAAGAAAAUCAGCAAGGCCGACAUCGGGGCCCCCAGUGGAUUCAAGCACGUCAGCCAUGUCGGAUGGGACCCUCACAGCGGAUUCGAUGUCAAUAACCUGGACCCGGACCUGCGGAGCCUCUUCUCCAGGGCUGGGAUCAGCGAGGCUCAGCUGACGGACGCAGAGACCUCGAAGCUCAUUUAUGACUUCAUUGAGGACCAGGGCGGGCUAGAAGCCGUCAGAGAGGAGAUGAGGCGGCAAGGCCCUGUUCCACCCCCUCCACCCCCAUCUCGUGCUGGGGCCCCUCAGCGGUCCCCUGGCUCCUCUGUGGCUGGGAGCCGGGGGGGCCGGUCAGGACCCCUCCCCCCAGUACCCUCUGGGACCGGCGGGAUCCCCAGUGUGCCUCCACCAGUUCCACGGGGACCCCCGCCUCCUCCCGGCCGUGGCGGUCCCCCCCCUCCUCCACCACCUACCUCCCACUUGGGGCCACCAGCACCACCGCCGCCGCCGCCAACGCCCGGGUCGGGGCCUCCGCCCCCUCCGCCACCCCCGCCGCCGCCUCCUCCGCCAUCUGCGCCUUCGUCGGGAGGGACCGCGGCCGCGGCCCCGGCCCCUCGAGGUCGAGGGGCCUUGCUUGAAGAGAUCCGCCAGGGCAUUCAGCUCAACAAGACUCCAGGGGCCCAGGAAAUCCCAGCUCCCCCUCCCCCAAGCUCUGAGGGCCUGGUGGGGGCCCUCAUGCACGUCAUGCAAAAGCGGAGCAAAGUCAUCCACUCUUCAGAUGAAGGGGAGGACCAGGGUGGUGAGGAGGAUGAGGAAGACGAAUGGGAAGAUUAAGCAAACCCUGGCCUGUGGAAGAGCAGCCUCUCCCUGCCGCCUGGCCUAAGCGCGCCUCUCCCUUCUCAGAGUUCAGCUCCCACCUCCCCCAUGUGUCCCCUGCAUUGUAAAAACAAUGACAGUUUUGAGAAAUAAACCUUCUGCUAACUA